ACGAUGAACUUACUUCAGAUUGUGCGUGACCACUGGGUACAUAUACUUGUCCCUGUGGGAUUUGUCGUUGGAUGUUACCUAGACAGAAAGAAUGAUGAAAAGCUAAUUGCCUUCCGGAACAAGAGUCUGUUAUAUAAAAGGGAAUUAAGACCCAGUGAAGAAGUCACCUGGAAGUAAAGGCUGCUGCUGAAUUACAGAAUGUUCACAGUUUUUAAAUUAUAAGAGAAAUAAAAACACAUUCAUUACUUAA